AUGGAGUUCUCCAAUGCUCUUAUGGCAGCCACCAAUGAACCUCUCAAGAGCAAUUAUGCGGCCUUCAUGCCAUCUGCAAACUCCAAGGCCCCCUCUAACACCAGCUGGACCACUGAGGAUUCUGCUCGUCCUUUUACGAUCGAGCAGAAGGAGUUUCCAGGUCUCGCCGCCUCCGGUUCUAGUGCUCAGGCUCGCAACAAGGAGAACACCAGAGAGAGCGACUGGAACAAAGGGAAGAACCUGUUCCCCCAGGCUCCUGCACCCCAGCGACCUACUCGACAGCAACUUCAGCAGGCCUCUGCGCCCAACGCCCGAGCAGCUCAUGAUCUCUUGAGUGUUCACAAUCCCGAUCAUCCCCACUUCAACGUCGCUCGGUACAGCUGCAAGUAUACUGGCAAGUUCAACUGUCCCAUGGUAACUUGUACCAAGACCUUCAAGUCGGGCCAUGCACUCCUGGGUCAUCUUCGAUCUGAGGCUCACUCCGAGACCAAGUAUCGCUGCCCCUACUGCCUCAACACCUUUAACUCUCUUACCUCUAUCACUCAGCAUGCCGAGUCAAACGGUAACAGGUGCAAGAUUCGCGAGACUGACAUUUACCGUGCGUACAUGGAUCAGCUGCUAGGUGGCAUGGUUGAUGUCAAGGAAAAACACACUGAUGGCACCGUCAAAUAUGAGGUGUCCAAGGACUUCAAGCCCGGACGGGCGCCAGCCCAAGACGAAUCCAAAGCCACCCCCGAGUCUUUUGAAAAGAAAUCCUACAAGCAUGAGGAUAUCCGCUGGUAG